UUCCCCCUGAUUUCUAGGUGCCAUGAGGAAGCCACGGCAGAAGUCACGGCAGAAUGCCGAGGGCCGGCGUUCCCCGUCUCCCUAUAGUCUGAAGUGCUCCCCCACCCGGGAAACCCUGACAUACGCCCAGGCCCAACGGAUCGUUGAGGUGGACAUUGACGGGCGUCUGCAUCGUAUUAGCAUCUAUGACCCACUCAAGAUCAUCACAGAGGACGAGCUGACUGCACAGGAUAUCACCGAAUGCAAUAGUAACAAAGAAAACAGUGAGCAGCCUCAGUUCCCUGGCAAGUCCAAAAAAACUUCAUCGAAGGGCAAGAAGAAGGAAUCUUGCUCCAAGCAUGCAUCUGGUACUUCUUUCCACCUCCCACAGCCCAGCUUUCGCAUGGUGGACUCAGGCAGCCAGCCUGAAGCAUCCCCACUGCCUGCUGCCUACUACCGCUACAUUGAGAAGCCACCAGAAGACCUAGAUGCAGAGGUAGAAUAUGACAUGGACGAGGAGGACCUGGCCUGGCUAGACAUGGUGAAUGAGAAACGGCGAGUGGAUGGGCACAGCGUGGUAUCCGCAGAUACGUUCGAGCUGCUUGUUGAUCGGCUGGAGAAAGAGUCAUACUUGGAGAGUCGUAGCAGCGGGACCCAGCAGUCCCUCAUUGAUGAAGAUGCCUUCUGUUGCGUGUGCCUGGACGAUGAGUGUCACAACAGCAACGUCAUUCUCUUCUGUGAUAUCUGCAAUCUGGCUGUACACCAGGAAUGCUAUGGUGUCCCCUAUAUCCCCGAGGGUCAGUGGCUCUGUCGAUGCUGCCUGCAGUCUCCCUCCCGGCCCGUGGAUUGUGUCCUCUGCCCCAAUAAGGGUGGUGCUUUCAAGCAGACCAGCGAUGGCCACUGGGCACAUGUAGUAUGUGCCAUCUGGAUCCCUGAAGUUUGCUUUGCUAACACCGUCUUCCUGGAGCCCAUUGAGGGUAUUGACAACAUCCCGCCUGCCCGCUGGAAACUAACCUGCUAUAUCUGCAAGCAGAAGGGGCUGGGUGCAGCUAUCCAGUGCCAUAAGGUGAACUGCUAUACGGCCUUCCAUGUGACAUGUGCACAGAGGGCUGGCCUCUUCAUGAAGAUUGAACCCAUGCGGGAGACCAGCCUCAACGGCACUAUCUUCACUGUGCGCAAGACUGCGUACUGUGAGGCCCACUCACCGUCAGGUGCUACCACUGCUAGGAAAAAGAACAAAUGCCCCAAAGGCCUGAGUGAGGCUGCAAAUGAGGAAGGACUGAAGGAAGGCUGUGGGGAGGAUGAAGAGAAGGAAGAUAUGGAAGAGGAAGAUGAAAACCAAGGUGGGACAGGCCCCAAGGGCAUGCCCAAGAAGAACAAAAUGACUUUGAAGCAAAAGAUCAAGAAGGAGCCAGAGGAAGUGAGCCGAGAUUUGUCUUCCACUGUCCCCAUGGUCACUGUCCCACAGAUACCCUCUUGCAGGUUGAACAAGAUCUGUAGUGGUCUCUCCUUUCAGAGGAAAAACCAGUUCAUGCAGCGGCUUCACAACUAUUGGCUGUUAAAGCGUCAGGCCCGGAAUGGAGUUCCGCUCAUCCGGCGCCUGCAUUCCCACCUUCAGUCCCAAAGAAAUGCGGAGCAGCGAGAGCAGGAUGAGAAGACAAGUGCAGUGAAAGAAGAGCUAAAAUACUGGCAGAAGCUUCGGCAUGACCUGGAGCGUGCAAGGCUGCUUAUUGAGCUCAUUCGGAAGAGAGAGAAGCUCAAGCGGGAGCAGGUUAAGGUCCAGCAAGCUGCUAUGGAGCUGGAGUUAAUGCCUUUCAAUGUUUUGCUGAGGACGACACUGGACUUGUUGCAGGAGAAGGAUCCUGCGCACAUAUUUGCUGAACCUGUCAACCUGAGUGAGGUUCCAGAUUACCUGGAAUUCAUAUCCAAGCCAAUGGAUUUUUCUACUAUGAGGCGGAAGCUGGAGUCCCACCUGUACCGCACCUUGGAGGAGUUUGAGGAGGACUUUAACCUUAUAGUUACCAACUGCAUGAAGUAUAAUGCUAAAGACACAAUUUUCCACCGAGCAGCUGUCCGUCUGCGGGACCUGGGAGGGGCCAUCCUGCGGCAUGCACGGCGGCAGGCAGAGAAUAUCGGCUAUGACCCUGAGAGGGGCACCCACUUACCCGAAUCACCCAAAUUGGAGGACUUUUACCGCUUCUCCUGGGAAGACGUGGACAACAUCCUCAUCCCAGAGAACCGGGCCCAUUUGUCCCCAGAAGUGCAGCUGAAGGAGCUGCUGGAGAAACUGGACUUGGUAAGUGCCAUGCGGUCAAGUGGGGCCCGGACCCGACGUGUUCGUCUGCUUCGCCGGGAGAUCAAUGCUCUUCGGCAGAAUCUGGCACAGCCACCAUCAUCCCAGCCACCAUCACUGAACAAGACUAUGUCCAAUGGGGAGUUGCCAGCAGGGCCCCAAGAUGUUGCAUCUGUACUGGAACAGGCCCCACAGGAGGAGCCAGAAGAUGAUGGGGACAGAGAUGACUCCAAACUGCCUCCCCCACCAACCCUGGAACCCACGGGGCCUGCACCAUCCUUAUCUGAGCAAGAAUCUCCUCCGGAUCCCCCCACUCUGAAACCCAUUAAUGAUAGCAAACCUUCAUGUCGAUUCCUAAAACCCAGAAGGGUAGAAGAAGAUGAACUCUUGGAAAAAUCACCUCUGCAGUUAGGGAGUGAGCCCUUGCAGCGCCUCCUUAAUGACAAUGGCAUCAGUAGACUAUCUCUCAUGGGCCCCGAUACUCCCACUGGUGUCUCACUGAGUGGUGUGGGCCGCCGCACAUCAGUCCUCUUCAAGAAGGCUAAGAAUGGAGUUAAACUACAGAGGAGUCCAGACAGGGCCCUGGAAAAUGGCGAGGACCAGGAUGUAGAGGGCUCUCCUGCCUCUCCCACCAGCAUUGAGGAUGAACGGCACUCUCGGAAGCGGCCACGGAGCAGGAGCUGUAGUGAGAGUGAAGGGGAGAGAUCCCCUGAGCAGGAAGAAGAGACAGGCGUGACUAACGGCUUUGGAAAACAUGCUGAAAGCGGUUCCGACUCAGAAUGUAGUUUGGGUCUUACUGGUGGACUGGCAUUUGAAGCUUGUAGUGGUCUGACACCCCCCAAACGCAGCCGUGGGAAACCAGCCCUGUCUCGAGUACCCUUCCUGGAAGGUGUGAAUGGAGACUCUGACUACAGUGGCUCAGGCAGAAGCCUCCUGAUGCCCUUUGAAGACCGCGGAGACCUGGAGCCCCUGGAGCUGGUGUGGGCCAAGUGCCGAGGUUAUCCCUCCUAUCCCGCCUUGAUCAUCGAUCCCAAGAUGCCCCGGGAGGGCCUCCUGCACAAUGGGGUCCCCAUCCCUGUCCCCCCACUGGAUGUGUUGAAGCUGGGAGAGCAGAAACAGGCCGAGGCUGGAGAGAAGCUCUUCCUUGUCCUCUUCUUUGACAACAAGCGCACCUGGCAGUGGCUUCCGAGGGACAAAGUCUUGCCUCUGGGCGUGGAAGACACGGUGGACAAGCUCAAGAUGCUAGAAGGCCGCAAGACCAGCAUCCGCAAGUCAGUGCAGGUGGCCUAUGACCGAGCAAUGAUCCACCUGAGCCGAGUUCGGGGGCCCCACUCCUUCGUUACUUCCAGCUACCUGUAAGGGCUGGGCCUGGUCUGCAUCUGCCUGCCAGACCUACAUCCUCUGGGGCCUAGAGAAGCUUCUUCCUGCCCCAGCUGAGGAAUGACUUGGCAGCUUCCCCUUUUCUUGGCAGGCCAGGGACUAGGCUAUGUGCUCCUCAAGGGCUAGGCCCCAGUUUUAACCAACUGCAUGGUUGCCCUGGUGAGCCUGCUGUGUGCCAAAAACUCCCCGAGUUCCCUGGGCAAAUCCACUGAAGAACUUGUUAGAAGUAGGAAGCCUUGAGGCAGGGGUGUAGCUGAGGAGGGACCUGGGCCCUAGCCACGGGAAUUUCUCUCACACUCCACCCCACUCUCAACUAACUACACCUCAGGGGAGCAAGCAAGGCUUGGAAACAUCCCAGAGGUGCUGGGGGGCCACUUGGUCCCACAGGGACUCUCACUGAGUUUCUGCCCCGCCAUUGCCCAUUCUUACUUCUUUCCUGUCCCUCAUUCUGCCCCUCUGCCCAUACAAUCCACUUUCCUUUUCUUACCUUCUCUCGUGCCAAACUGACAGAAAUAAUCACCAAAUUAGUCUUUUUUCUCUCUUGUGUCUCAUUCCCUUUGAGGCCAGCUGCUACGCUAGGUGGGUGCCUCCUCCUGGCUCCUCAGGGCCCAGCACAGAGGCCACUCGGGUGACCCCCUCCACCAGCACAUGUCCCCACUCCCCCUAACCCACUGCUUCCUAUCUACUGCAGACAUGCUGCUGAAGCUAGGCUGUGAGGUCGCACUGCCAUGAGGUGGGCCCUCUGCCCUCUCCCUGGCUUGCUGAGGAGUGGCCUAAGGUCAGCCAGGCUUACAGCAGAGCAGGCCUCUUGUGCAUGUGUCCAUUUGCCCACUGAGAGCUCGAGGGGGAUAUAAGUCCUACUACAUCUGCCCUCUCAUUUCUCUCCUCUCCCUGGGCUUUCUUUUGUUGUGACUGCAGCCUUUAGUCUCACUCUUUGCUGCCACAGAUGGCAUGGUGCCUGCGGUCUGGUAUCUUCCAUGUCCUGUGCCCUGCCCUGCCAGCCUCUGCUGCUCCCACCUUUCAGAUUCAGGGAACACAGUGCUAUAUUGCAGACCCUCUGUCCUUGUUCCUCUUCCUUCAACCCUUUUCCUAUCUUCACCUUCUCAAACACAGAAGGGAAAAAAACUGUGAAAACGGAAUGCUGACUGACAAACCAACCCAACUUUCAGAGGCUUCCAUGUCUGUUUUCUGGAUGUUUCUUUUCACCUCUUAAGCACCAAAGUCACAGGGCCAGGUUGCAGGCCACUGAGUGCCAUGUUGAUUUCUAACCUGAUGUUCUUUUUAAUUGUUUUAAAUUUUUCAUAGGGAAGUUUUGGACAAAACAAAGUCCCUGGGGAGAUCACUGCCAUUUUUACACACUCGACUUUGUAAAAGUACAACCAACCAACCACCGCAACUUCUUAUACAUUUGGGACAUGAGCCAGAGUUUAAAAGGGAACCAACAAAACUCUCUUAACAUAAAGGUUGAGGUUUUGGAUUUUGUACAAUAAUGAAAAUACAAUGCAGCAUAUGGUUAGGGAAGGACAUGGUGUAUAUAAUUGUAAAAUACUGUUCUAAAUUAUUCAGGCCUUUAGCGUCCGUUACUGGAUCUUCCAUUGUGUGGCUGAGUAUUUCCAAUGCACACAGUGUGGUUCAUUUAAAUGAGCCAAUGCAUCCCCCUUUCCCCAGGUAGUUGGUCAGCUGUGGACUCUGUGACCUUCGUCUCAACCUGUGUUGUAAGAUCUCGGGGCUCUCUGUCUCUUUCCCCCCACUGCUCUCUCUCCCUUUUCUUCCUUUUCCCCCAGUGUUUUGGAUUCUCUUCGUCUUUUGCUGAGCCUCAUUUUUGAAACUGCUCUUUCAGAACGGAAAACGACUCAGAUCCUGCUGUGGCAUGGGACCUGCGUGUCUCAGUCGCACCUGCUGUGAAGCACAUGAUGCUCUAUUUAUUGUAGAAAGUGACUUUAUUUGCUUUCUAGAAUUGUUUAUAACAGAUGGUAUAAGAGAGGUAAUAAACAGAGAAAAAAAUCUAUGCUUGUAAAGAAUACAAAAGUUAAUUUUACCUACUAUAAUAUGACUGUCGGAAACUUAUUUUCUCUCUGAGAAAUAAAUGUUCUAAUGGGCA